AUGACCGCCGGUAGCUACGGCCCUAGUAAGGGUCGAUUCAGGCCUCAAAUAAUGGCCAUUGCAUUGGCAAUUGUUCUGAUUUCCUUCAAUGUGGCAUCCGUGGCUGCUGAUGCUUACACUUACUCUUCACCACCUCCACCACCGCCUUCUUACGAGUACAAGUCCCCUCCCCCUCCUUCUCCUUCACCACCACCACCAUAUGUCUACAGCUCUCCACCCCCUCCACCUCCCUAUGAGGCCAAGGAUCCACAUUAUCAAUACAAGUCUCCUCCACCACCCUCUCCCUCACCUCCACCACCAUAUUACUACAAAUCUCCUCCACCACCCUCUCCAUCCCCCCCACCACCAUAUUACUACAAAUCUCCUCCCCCACCUUCUCCUUCACCCCCACCUCCUUACUACUACAAAUCUCCCCCUCCCCCAGAUCCAUCCCCUCCACCCCCAUAUUAUUACAAGUCUCCUCCACCCCCCUCUCCCUCUCCUCCACCUCCAUACUACUACAAGUCCCCACCACCACCCUCUCCCUCCCCUCCACCUCCUUACUACUACAAGUCCCCACCACCACCUUCACCACCACCACCUCCACCAUACUACUACAAGUCUCCUCCUCCACCUGAAAAGUCACCACCUCAUGAUCCUUACUACUACAAGUCUCCACCACCACCCUCUCCAUCACCUUCACCUCCUUACUACUAUAAAUCUCCCCCACCACCCUCUCCCUCACCUCCACCUCCUUACUACUAUAAAUCUCCCCCACCACCCUCUCCCUCACCUCCACUCCCUUACUACUACAAGUCCCCACCACCACCUUCACCAUCACCACCCCCACCAUACUACUACAAGUCCCCUCCCCCACCUGAAAAGUCGCCGCCUCAUGAUCCUUACUACUACAAGUCCCCACCGCCUCCUUCACCAUCUCCUCCACCACCUUACUACUACAAAUCUCCUCCUCCUCCGUCUCCUUCACCUCCUCCACCAUACUAUUACAAGUCUCCACCACCUCCUUCACCAUACCCUCCACACGUGCCUUACUACUACAAAUCUCCACCUCCUAAGCCCUACUACUACAGCUCUCCUCCUCCACCGGUCGCCUAUCCUCCAUACUCUCCAUACCCUCACCCUCACCCUCACCCAUAUCACCACCCAUUGAUCGUUAAGGUUGUGGGUAGAGUCUAUUGUUACAGAUGUUAUGACUGGCAAUACCCCCAGAAGUCGCACAACAAGAAACACCUCGAAGGUGCCACCGUCGAGGUUACAUCAUCACCGUUGAAGGAUUUGACUAUGUUAAAUAUGGAGACACAGUCUGCAAGGCCAAACUCCAUGCUCCUCCCAAGGGCUCACGUUGCAACGUACCCACGAAGCUGA